UAUUAUAUGAGUGCCUCUGAAAAUGUGAGAUAUAUUAAGAUAUAGAAAAUAGGAGAGGGUGCCUAUGGAAUCAUUUAUAAAGCUCAAGAUGUCUAGACUUAAGAAAUAGUGGCACUGAAGAAAUUUAAGCUAAGUGUAUAAAGAUGAUAUAUUCUAAAGGAUAAUGAAGGUGUUCCUAGUUGUGCUCUUAGAGAAAUAUCUAUAUUAAAUUAACUCAAUCAUCCUAAUAUAAUAAAGUAAAAAAAUUGAGGUUUAAUUUAGGUUGAUAUCUUAAAUAAUUAUAAAUAAGAAACUUCAUUUGGUUAUGAACUAUUACGAUAUGGAUUUGACAGAGUAUUUGAAGUUUAAUCAUGAGGAAUUUCACCUUAAAGUAUAUUCACUAUAAAUUAAUUAAGAAUAUAAUUUAUAAGAUACUAUUGGCAGUGGAAUUCAUUCAUAAUAGAAAAAUUAUACAUCGAGAUUUACAACCAAACAAUAUUCUAGUUAAAAAUAAUGAACCAGUCUUAAUUGAUUUUGGAUUAUCAAGGGUUCUUUCUCCUAAUCUAACUCCAGGAGUAACUUAAUUAUGGUAUCGUGCCCCAGAAUUAUUGUAAAAUUGCAAUACUUAUGAUUAUGCAAUUGAUAUGUGGUCUCUUGGAUGUAUUAUUGUAGAAAUUGCACUUAAUAAACCUUUCUUUAUGGGAUCCUCUGAAAUUCAUUAGCUCUUACUAAUUAAAAAUAUCAUAAAUGGAGGUAUAAACUUAAAAGCAACCUUUUAGAUGAAUGGUUUUUACACAAUUCCCAAUUUGCCAAAUUCAAUAAUUUGUUUAUUGAUUUAAUAAAUGUAUGUAUUAGUCUAGAAUUUCUAGAAAUUAUUAUAAGUUGAUCCUUCAAAACGGAUAUCAAGUAAAUAGGCCUUGUAACAUGUAUAUCUACUAUUUUUAUUAAUUAGCCGUUCUUUUAGGAUUAAUUUGCAUUUAUUUACA